CUGCUGCACGAGGCAGUCCCACAGUCCACUAUGCGCUCUUCAAGGUGGCAUGAUGUGAUGCGCACCGGGCUCUCCAUCAAGUAACAGAAAGCUCUCCAAACCUAACCAACUAUGGAGGGCGCAAACAACACGACCACCUGGCCUGAGUUUGACAACUCUUCCAACAACAAAGCCCUCACACCUGAGGACGAGGAGGUGAAGCUGAGUUAUCAAAUAGUCGCAUCCCUUUUGCUCGUGGCACUUAUCUUGUGCGCAAUAUUUGGGAACGCGUGCGUCGUUUCAGCCAUCGCCUUGGAGCGGUCUCUCCAGAAUGUUGCCAAUUACCUGAUCGGUUCUCUUGCUGUCACAGACCUGAUGGUGUCAGUGCUGGUGCUGCCCAUGGCGGCACUUUACCAGGUGCUAAACAGGUGGACACUCGGGCAGAUCCCUUGCGACAUCUUCAUCUCUCUGGAUGUUUUGUGCUGCACCUCGUCCAUCCUCCACCUGUGCGCCAUCGCCUUGGACAGAUACUGGGCGAUAACGGAGCCUAUAGAGUACAUGAAGAAGAGGACACCAAGGAGAGCCGCGGUCCUCAUCAGCGUCACCUGGCUGGUGGGAUUCUCAAUCUCAGUGCCACCGAUGUUGAUCAUGCGCUCCCAGCCCAGCAGCAUGGCAGAGGACAGGGCGAACCCAAAGCAGUGUAAGAUCAGACAAGACCCCUGGUACACAAUAUACUCAACUUUCGGGGCUUUUUACAUCCCGCUGAUACUCAUGUUGGUUCUUUAUGGGCGGAUUUUCAAAGCAGCCAGGUUUCGCAUCAGGAGGACUGUGCGUAAAACGGAGAAAAAGAAAGUUUCAGACUCGUGUUUGGCGCUAUCCCCGGCCCUCUUCCACAAAAAGAGUCCAGGGGACGCGCAUGGCAAGAGCUGGAAACGGAGCGUGGAGCCCCGGCCGCUGCCGAGCGUCAACGGCGCGGUGAAGCACGCGGAGGAAGGAGAGUCCUUGGAGAUCAUCGAAGUUCACAGCAACUCCAAAGGCAACCUGCCGCUGCCCAACACUCCCAGCUCCGUGCCGCUGUUCGAGAACAGGCACGAGAAGGCGACAGAGGCGAAAAGGAAGAUCGCGAUGGCACGGGAGCGAAAAACGGUGAAGACUCUGGGCAUUAUCAUGGGCACCUUUAUCCUCUGCUGGCUGCCCUUCUUCAUCGUAGCCCUGGUCAUGCCCUUUUGCCAGGACUCGUGUUACAUGCCCCGCUGGCUGGAGGAUGUCAUUAACUGGCUUGGCUACUCCAACUCUUUGCUCAACCCCAUCAUUUACGCAUACUUCAACAAAGACUUCCAGAGCGCCUUCAAGAAAAUUAUCAAGUGUCAUUUCUGCAGACCGUGAUGGACAUCCAGGUGACAGCCCCAAAAAAAACAACAGCCUAUAAGGAAGUGGGACACAGAGAUUGUUAUAACGUUGCUUAAACUGAAAAGAUGACUCAUCAUAAUAAUAAUAAUGAUUACUGUCGAUCAUCUCCAUCGUUUUCAGUACGGAAA